AUGAAGAGCAGAAGAAGAGUUGAAGGCCAAGACAAGAGAAAAUACAUUGGAAUGGAGAAGAGGAGUCAUCAAGAAGACGGCAAGGAAGCAUUGUUAAUUUCUAACAAAUGUAUAGUUCCAAUAGAUGGAUACAAAGAUGCAUGGGUUUUGCAGUCAUAUAUUGUGUACUUGGGAGGACAUUCACAUGGUUCAGAAGUAACUUCUGCUGACCUUCACCGGGUCGAAGAAUUCCAUCAUGAGUUUCUAGGUUCAUUCUUGGGAAGUACAGAGAAGGCCAAGGAUGCGAUAAUUUAUUCGUAUAAGAGACAUAUCAAUGGUUUUGCCGCGGUUCUUGAAGAGGAAGAUGCAUCAGAAAUAGCAAGCGUAUGGCCUGAAUCAGAAAGCUUUAAUGGCAAAGGAUUCGGCCCCAUUCCUUCUAAAUGGAAAGGAAUCUGUCAACUUGAUGGCAACGUUGGAGCCCCUUGCAACAGGAAACUGAUUGGAGCUAGGUACUUCAAUAAAGGCUAUGUUGCGUAUGGAGGCAAAGUUAGUUCUUCGAAGAACACUGCACGCGACUAUGAUGGACAUGGCACCCAUACACUAUCCACUGCUGCUGGAAACUUCGUCCCAGGAGCAAAUAUAUUUGGUGUGGGAAAUGGAACAGCAAAAGGUGGUUCUCCAAAAGCUCGAGCUGCUGCUUACAAAGUAUGCUGGCCUCCAAUCAAUGGCUCAGAAUGCCUUUUUUCUGAUAUAAUAGAAGGCUUUGAUAUGGCAAUGCAUGAUGGCGUAAAUGUGCUUUCAGUCUCUCUCGGUGGAGAUGCUGUAGACUAUUUCGAAGAUGGCAUAGCCAUCGCGUCGUUUCAUGCUGUAAAGAAGGGAAUCGUAGUCGUAGCUUCUGCUGGAAAUUCCGGUCCAGCCCCUGGAUCUGUGUCAAAUAUUGCACCGUGGCUUCUAACUGUUGGAGCAAGCACCAUUGAUCGAGAGUUCCAAGCUAACGUUAAGCUGAGUAAUGGAAUGAUCCUAGAGGGGACGAGCCUUUCUAAAUCAUUGCCAAAUGAUAAAUAUUAUCCAAUUAUUAGUGCUGAAAAAGCUAAGGCUGCCAAUGCAUCUGCUCUCGACGCGAUACUAUGCCAAGAAGGAGCAUUAGAACCCAAGAAGGUGAAGGGUAAGAUACUGGUCUGCCUUCGGGGGGAAAAUGCUCGAGUCGACAAAGGUGAACAGGCUUUAGUAGCUGGUGCUGUAGGGAUGAUUCUAUGUAACGACGAGGCAAGUGGUAAUGAACUUAUGGCUGAUCCUCAUGUUCUUCCGGCUACACAAAUCAAUUACACAGAUGGCCUUGCCGUCUUUGCCUACGUCAAGUCGACAAAGCAUCCAAAAGGGCUAAUUACAGCUCCAAGGGAAAUAUUGAACAAAAAGCCUGCUCCAUUUAUGGCCUCAUUCUCGUCUCAGGGGCCUAAUCCAGUUACUCCAGAAAUUCUCAAGCCGGAUAUUACCGCGCCAGGGGUGAAUAUCGUUGCUGCAUACUCCGAAGGAGUAAGCCCUACAGGAGAAGAAUUUGAUAAACGCACGACUCCCUUUAAUACAGAAUCCGGGACCUCAAUGUCAUGCCCUCAUGUUUCCGGGGUAGUAGGCUUACUUAAGUCGCUCCACCCUGACUGGAGUCCAGCAGCAAUAAAAUCUGCAAUUAUGACAACCGCAAGAACACGAGACAACACGAGGCAUCCAAUGCUCGAUUCAACUUAUGAGAAAGCUACACCUUUCGGAUAUGGUUCUGGACACAUACGACCAAACCGUGCCAUGGAUCCUGGAUUGGUUUACGACUUGGAUGUCAACGAUUAUCUAGAUUUCCUGUGUGGCAUUGGUUAUAACGAAACAAUGAUUCGUACAUUCUCAGACGGGGAUUAUGAAUGUCCAAAGGAGUAUGAAAUCACAAACUUCAACAACCCCUCUAUAACAAUCCCGAGUCUCGAUGGAUCACAAACAGUGACAAGAAAACUGAAAAAUGUUGGCAAACCGGGUAUCUAUACUGCUCGUAUUCGACAACCACCAGGAUUUUCGGUUUCUUUAGAACCAAAAUCUCUCAAGUUUGAGAAAAUUGGUGAAGAAAAGACUUUUAAGUUGAUUAUUGAAGAAGAAGAAGAAAGAACUUCUACCGAUUAUGUGUUUGGAGAGUUGUUAUGGUCUGAUGGAAAGCAUUAUGUGAGGAGUCCAAUAGUAGUUGCUUCUUCUGGAGGUUCAUAA